CUACAUAUGGCUUCUGCUAAUGGACAUCUUGACAUUGUGGAGUAUCUUAUCAGUAGAGGAGUGGAUCUUAAUGCUACAAAUGAGGAGAUGAAUACACCUCUACAUUGGGCUUGCCUGAAUGGACAUGUUGAGGUGGUUAAGAAAUUGAUCUUUGCAGGAGCUAAUCUUAGUGUACUAAACAGCUAUGAGAGGACUCCAAUUGAUGAAGCUGUGACCAGGGGAAAGAUGGAUGUUCUUGAUGCCAUUAAUGCAGCAGCUGCCCAAGUAGAGCUGACUGGCGUCAGCGUGUCCUAAUGUAUUGAGUACCUAACGACAAUUGGGAGCCAUGACAAAAUUUAUAGAUGUUAUCUUCUUGUAGAUUGCAAAGUUUAGAUAUGAAACUUUUGGUAAUAGCUAUAGAGGAUUGCAACUGUUUGCUAAACUAGUGUGAUGCUAAUCAGUCUCCAUAUCUCAAAUUUUAAUGUGCAGCGCUUCAGUGAGGUCAAAAAAGAAAUGUUGUGUUGUCUA